AUGGAACCGCAAAGGAUACAUCUCCUAGUGUUGAUCCAUGGGAUGUGGGGAAACCCCAGUCACCUUGCAGAGCUUAUGCGAGUCGUUCAGGAGAAGAAGGAUCCCAACGAUGAGGGCGUGAUUCUCCAUGCUAUAUCUGCUGAGACGAAUCGCGAUGGGUCUACCUACGACGGCAUCGAUUGGGGUGGCGAGCGUGUCGCGGAGGAGAUCACCGCAGAAAUCGCCAAGUUAGAAGCCGAAUCGAAGAAAGUAACUCAUUUCUCGAUUACCGGGUACAGCCUCGGGGGGCUUCUGUCUCGUUAUGUGAUAGGAAUUCUUCACCAGCGCGGGUUCUUCGAGCAUAUCCAACCAGUCAACUUCAAUACUAUUGCGACGCCUCAUAUCGGCAUUCCUCGAUAUCCAUCUUUCUUGUCGUCUGUACUCUCAAAGUUGGGCUCGAAACUCCUGUCUCGCACCGGCGAACAAUUUUACUGUGUGGAUCAAUGGUCUACCAAUGGUAGACCUCUUCUCGAUGUUAUGGCCGAUCCAGAGCAGAUAUUCUAUAAAGCACUCUCCAAAUUUCAACACCUUCGCAUCUACGCUAAUGCGGUGAAUGACAUUACGGUGCCCUAUGUCACAGGGGCCAUCGAGCUAGAAGACCCGUUCGCUGAUCUCGCCGCCAGCGGCGUACACUUGGAAAUCGAUCAUGAUUACCCGCCUCUCAUUAAGUAUUACUCCGUGCCAUCCGUAGCCCCAGGCCCGGUCGCGAAGCCUCGCGUCUUCUCCUCUGAAUGGUUCCACAGCGAGAAAGAGAAAAAGCGUCCCAUUUUGCCGCCUCAUCUGAUGCCUAGAUUUCCACUGAACCUACUAUUAUACUCCUUCCUGCCGCUAUUGAUCCCCGUGGGCAUCUCCCUGGCUAUCAUCCGCCUCAGCCUUGAUUCCCGAUCAUCCCGGGCGAGGAUCAGGCUGCUCGAGGAAAGUGCCAAAUCGGAGAAGACUGAACGUCAAAAGCUCAUCCACAUCAUCGCUCAACUAGAGCAAGAAGUGGAAGGCGCCGUCGUCGAUAUUAUUGACGAUACUGCGGCCAUGUCUCUAGACACGCCUCUGCCCGAUAACUGCGGCGAAUCUGGCCGGAACACACCCAGCGAGCAGGCGUCCGAAGAAGACGAGGUCUUGCGUGCCGCUAUCACAUCCCACCUGGCUGCAACUGGGGAUACGACAACCCAAGUGCCUGUUCCGCCCCCUGCACGCAAAUCCAAGUCACGUCGUUGCUGCUCGAAGCACUCUGACAAACCUUCCGGGCAACCCGACUUGACACCUCUGCAACGGACGAUGGUUUCAAAUCUCAAUAAACUCCCGAUUGUCAAGGUACUCGCCUAUUUCGAGGGCACGCGGAACGCGCAUGGUGUUAUCAUCUGUCGUGAUGUCGACCGCUUCGAAGUCAUGCGUGCCGGAGCUCAUGUUGUCAGACAUUGGGCCGACUCACUCGUUUUGUAG